GUGAGUUGCAGAAUAGUUAAAGAAAGAGAGUAGAACUGCACUGGUUUGUGUUCGUUGACAUGAGUGGUCCGGUGGUCAAGAGAAACAGAAGGGAGAUCGAAGCAUGCGUGACAUGUCCACUCUGCGAGAAGCACUACUGCGAGGCCACUACCAUAUGUGAAUGCCUUCAUACAUUUUGCAAGAAGUGCAUAUACUCAAAGAUAGUAGACGAAGAGUUGGACUGCUGUCCAAAAUGCAAUACUUAUUUAGGGGUUGCUCCAUUGGAAAAACUCAGGGCAGACCCCCUUUGGGAUAGUAUAACAGGCAAGAUCUUCCGUCCUGACACAGAAACAGUCAAUGCAACUGCUGACCACAAUGUGCAAGAUACAACGGCAGAGCCCCUUCCCUCCGAAACAAAAAUGGUUAAGGCACUUGCAGACCUCAAUGUGCAAGAUAUAACAGAAGAGCUGCUUCCUUUCGUAAGUAGAAAGUCCAAGGUACCUGCAGAUGACAUUGCGCAAGAUAUAGAAGUAGACCCACUUCCGUCCAAAAGGAAAAAGGUUAAGGCACCUGCUGUGUCUUCAGCUCCAAUCCCAGCUAAAAGAAAAGAGAAAUAUCUCUCUUCAUUGGUGAUAAAUUCACCUCAAGUAUCAGGCAGACCUGAGAUGAGUGGACAAAGAAGGUAUCCUACACGAAGGAGAGUUCCUCUACAAGAGUAUCCUUCAUUUCAGGAGCCUGAAAAGAAAGAGGAAGAUUUCCAUGAGAGACUUAAGUCACCUCAGACACUGAAAAAAAAUACACUAUAUACCAGACAGAACUCUACUGAGGGAUCAUCGAAGCAGCACAUGCUUAACAUGGUUGUGGAGGACAAUUCUCAACCAGAAGAUGUGAAACCUGAGAUCUGGAAACCAUUAGACCGCCUGGUUGAAGCGGCAAGAAAAUCAAGUUCUGAUAAGAUUAAUCUGCAACUGCAACUUCCUAUUUCCGAACCAAUGUUGCCUGAUGCGCUCAACAAUGGAGCACGUGAGGUGAAGCCCAUUAUGGAAUAUGGUAACAAAUCCAAAGUCGGUGGAAGUGUGAAUCAAUCUAAUCCUGCUCCAUCGGGUUCAGGGAGUUUUAGGAAACCACAACGUGGCCGCAAAAGAAAACUAGCUGUACCUGAGGGACUCAAUAUUCCAGCACAAUCUUUGGUUGAUGCAAAUAAUAGAUGUGACAGAAUAUUACGUCCAAUUUGGUUCUCAUUGUUUGCUUCCAAUCACCAGGAAGGCUUUCCACCAUUGCCGCAGUUACCUUCAUGUUACUUGAGAGUCAAGGAUGGUAGCUUACCCGCUUCUUUCAUAAAAAAGUAUCUGGUGAAAAAGCUGAAUCUUACCAGCGAGGAUGAGGUGGAGGUCACAUUGCGCGGUAACCCAAUAGUUCCGACAUUGCAGCUGCAUAACUUAGUCGACUUGUGGUUACAGACAACACCGGCUUCACAAAGCAUUCAGAUCUCCAUAGGAAGCUCUGCAAAGGAAUACGUGAUGCCCCUCAUGUAUGGUCGAAAAAUGCAGCCUCGGUAGCUUUAGCUAUUCCUGUAGUCACAGUCCUGUGAAAGUGAUCAGUCCAGGCAACGGCAGUCUGAACUGCCUUCACCGUGUUGUUCUCCGCAUGAGAAUUCAUUUGCUCUUUCUUUUCAUCCCCGAGUGCAU